UGCAGAGUGGAAUUCUUCAAUAAUGUAACUUCAUCUGACAUUUAAAAAUACACAGUUAAUUGAAUGUUCAUUUUCUAUUCUUUAAUAAAACCAGGGAUAAACAUGUAUUGGAAAUCAGAAAUGAAUGAUGCAUCAUUCGGCUCAGGAUAAUUGCAUAUGAAUUAUUGAUACUGUGAUCAAGUGUGUCAUAGGGAUAAAUAUUUAGACCAAGUAAGUUACACUAUAAAAUGGACCAAUUUAAUCACCGAGAAAAUUCAAAACAGGAGAGCUAAGUCAAAUCUAAAAUUAGAGUGACAUUACUUUAUAAAAUGAAUUAUAUGAGUGUAAUUUUUUGGAUGUGUAUUAUUUCCGUGAAAGCAGGGCGUAGGUUACUUGGAUUCGAUUUCAAAAGAGAAAGCCCGGUGAGCAAAAAAGAAUGCUUGAAGUUGUGUUUCGUCCAUAGCGACUGUCUCUCCAUUAAUUUUAGUAGAACUCGCCUUUUAUGUGAGAUGAAUUCACAACAGGAAUCUGGAAAUCUUGCCGUCACGGAAAACACAAGUGAAACGGAGGACUUCAUCUACAUCUCGAGGCAAUCUAUUUCUCCGGAUGUAAUAUCCAUCACAGGAGCUUGCAGUACUGUUGCAUGUCUACCAGGAAAGAGAUGUAUAGUUCUACGCUCGGGGAAAACUACAUGUAUUAAUUCAAGGUGUGUGCACGAACCACCUCCGGUUUUUUAUGGAUACAACGCCUCAUUACCAGGAAACUUACAUAGCAAUGGUUCAUUUACAUCGGAAAGUUACGUGGGUGACAGUAAAAGAUACACAUGUGCAUCAGGAACAGUUCCUGUAGGAGAAAAUCAGUUAACGUGUUUAGCGAACGGUUUAUGGGAAACCCCAAAGUAUUCCUGCCAAGUUUGCACUGAUUCCAAUGAUCCUACUGGUGCUGACUACUGGGGAACGAAGAACGUGACGGUCAAUGGUAGAACGUGUCAACGAUGGGAUUCACAGAGUCCGCAUUCCCAUACAUUCCCUAACAACCCGGAAAAUUUCUGCCGUAAUCCGGAUAAUGUACAGCGACCUUGGUGCUAUACAACUGACUCCAGCAUCCGGUGGGAAUAUUGUGAUAUACCUGUGUGCUAGACAUUAAUAGAUUGAAAGUAUCAUUUUCUGAUUAUCAAAACCAGGAAAGUGAAUUCUGCUGCUGUCA